ACUACCCCACCCAACACCAUCAUCUGAUCCAUGGCACAAAGCUUCUGAAAGCUACCACACCAACACUGCCUUUGUUGCCUUCUUCUCAGAUUCAAGAAGCCUUUUGAGCUUGAGUUCUCCCCAUCAUCCAUCCAUUCAUUCACCAUGAUCCAAGAACUCCUUGGAGGGACAGCCAUGGACCAGCUCAAGAGCGCCAGCGCUCUGAAUCCGGCGUCCCUGCCGAUGGUGCUGCAGCCUAUUGUGUCCAACCCGUCGCCCACGUCGUCGUCGUCGACGUCGUCGCGGUCGUCGGCGCAGGCGACGCAGCAGAGGUCGUCGUCGGCGACCUCGUCGCCGCAGGGGCAGGGCGCGCCGGAGCAGGCGCCGCUGCGGUGCCCACGGUGCAACUCGUCGAACACCAAGUUCUGCUACUACAACAACUACAACCUCACCCAGCCGCGCCACUUCUGCAAGACGUGCCGCCGGUACUGGACCAAGGGCGGCGCGCUCCGCAACGUCCCCAUCGGCGGCGGCUGCCGCAAGCCGCGCCCCAUGCCGGCGCCGGUCGCCAAGCCAUCCGUGUCGUGCAAGGCCGCGCCGCCGCUUGGCCUCGGCGUGGGCGUCGGCGGCGGGCCGGUCUGGGCCUCCGGGCAGCAGGCCGCCACCGCGCACCUCAUGGCGCUGUUGAACAGCGCCAGGGGAGUUCAAGGCCACGGCGGCAGCAAUGUCCAGCGGCUUCUUGGGCUGGACACCAUGGGGCACCUCCAGAUCCUGCCAGGCGCUCCCAAUGCCGGUGCCGGCCCGGCGGCGUCGCUCUGGCCGCAAUCCGCGCCGCGGCCGGCCACUCCACCGCCCCACAUGGACUCGCAGCUUGGCAUGGGGACGCUGGGCCACCACGACGUGCUGUCAAGCCUCGGUCUCAAGCUGCCCUCGUCGACGUCGUCCUCUCUGGCGGCGAGCUACUACAGCGACCAGCUCCACGCGGUGGUGAGCAACGCGGGGCGCCCUCAGGCAUACGACGCCUCUUCCUCCCUCCCUUGCACCACCGCAGUGACCUCGCUCUCGGCAGCACUGUCGAGCGUCUCAGCUGCGCCGCCGAUCAUCAACAACACGGUCGGGAUGGACCUGCCACCCGUGUCGCUCGCCGCGCCGGAGAUGCAGUACUGGAAUGGCCCGGCGGCGAUGUCGGUGGCGUGGCCGGACUUGCCCACCCCCAACGGCGCCUUCCCAUGAGAGCGACGACGACGUCGUCUCAUGCAUGCAUGACACACUACUAGUGUAGCUCUCAGUUUAGCUUUUAAUCAACUCGAUCGUGUGGUUAGUUUCGGUUAAUCAGUGUGAGAACUCUGAUGGAUUAAUUAUGGGUGUUUUUAUUACUGGUGUUUUGUUAAUCAGUUGGGAUCAAGUAACCCUUUUUAUUGUUUGCUCCUACUUCAUUAGGUUUUUACUACUUAGGGUUUGGUGGUAACUGGUAUAGUAUUAAGUCGUGAUCAAUGCAUAGAUGGGGCUGUACUAUGAGAUGUACGUGUUGUCAGUUUCAUUCAGGUUGAUCCAUGUAUGAUUGUAAGAGGAAUUUUACACAUCCUAGGCUGCAAGCUCGUGGACUUAUC